CUCUUACUAUCACGUUUCUAGGGCAGCUCAGGUUAGUCUCGAGACGAAGUAACGCGAGGGCGACCUCAGUUGGUUGUGGUGGAAGGGCGUAAAGCAGUGGUUUUCUUCCUCCCUUGACUGUUGUGUUCACGUCAUGACUCUUGCAAGCGAUCUUGUGGUGCGACUCACUGUUUAAUCUUCGUCUUUUCCUUUCGCAGGACCAGCCUUGGGUUGUAGCUGUGGGCUCAUCAUGCCUUCUCAAUAUGUCUCUCUUUACCGCCAGACGUUGGCAGAACGACAGCGACGGUAUGAUGCAGCUAUCGCCUCGAGAGAAUACACUCCUUUUCUCUACCCGUGGGAUACUCUGCCGGUCGCGUAUCUGCUUCUUGCUCUUGCAAUAGCUCCGCGACUGUCCUCGAGAAGACUGGCGAGAGCCAUCAGAUAUCUCGCAUUCUUUUUUACCGUGGCGCACACUCUGUACCUGUAUGCUCACCGAAGAACGCUAUGGUUCGCGGGCGGAUAUGGCAUUGGCUUGAGCAAUCACUGGGGGAUCAUAAUGGCGGCAGCCUUGCUAGUCUUUAACGAUCCUGCACAGAGCUUUCGGCGACUGGAGACUAGACCUGCGAGUGCCAAAAGCAAACACAGCCAGUCUCAUGGCUCUGUACACCAAUUUUCUUCCAAUGGCUCAGCAAGCAUUGACUUGAGGAAACGCAAAGUACCAGGGGUCUAUACGUCGACGGAUAACAAGCAGCCCCCAUUUGAUGGCUCGGAAGAACCUGCAACACGUCUAUACACUUUGGUAUGGCAGGGGUUCCCUCAUGGUAAAGGCUUGCUUCACAGCAUCGACUGGAUCGUGGAUUUGACCACCAGUUUCCGAGGACCAAACUGGUCUCACCGCAUUUCAACACUUGGAGCUAUCGACGGCCCAGUGCCCGCAGAUCCUGGUCGCGUUUCUGGGGCUGAAGACUACGAUUGCAGCAAGGCUACGGCAGUCCCGAAGCGGAGCUUGAGAGCACUGCAAGCCCGAGCACUGCAAGAUUUUGUCGUUGCUUACCUCCUACUCGAUUUCCUCAAGACGACGAUGGUGACAGAUCCAUAUUUCCUGGGUCUGAUGCCACUUGAGUCGCCGACUUUAUGGCCCUGGCUCUCGGCACUCAAUGAGACAGUACCUGGAGCCACACGGUUUAUUCGGCUUUUGAUGUCCAUGGCAGGAGUUAUCAGCGCCUUGACGUUUAUUUUCAGCCUAAGCCCACUGUUCUUCACAGUCGUUCUGCCCUGCCUAGUGGAUGUUUCAAAAUUCACGAAGUCACCACUUCUGGAGCCUUGGAUGUAUGCGCCAUUUUGGUAUCCGCUCACGACAUCAGUCUUGCAUACUGGCUUGGCCGGGUUUUGGGGCAAAUUCUGGCAUCAGAUGUUUCGAUUCGGCAUCUCAGAGCCAUCCAGAGUCAUCAUCGACAGGUUAAAUAUUGACAAACGAGGCAAUGCGGCACGAGUGAUUCAACUUCUGGUCGCCUUCGGGCUGUCGGGAUCGAUCCAUGCUGCUGGCAGCUAUACCACCUUUUCCAUUGUGCCUUCUCGGCCAUUUUCGGGACCGUUGUUGUUCUUUCUCACCCAAGCGAUUGGAAGCUUUGUACAGUCCUUCAUGGUCAAGUCCCUCUACAAAUAUGCCCCUCAAGCAAAAUCGCUUCCUCGAGCCGCGAAACAAACAACCAAUCUCUUAUUUGUGAUGGUGUUUCUCUACUUCACGGGCCCACUGCUUGCAGACGACUUUGCACGAUGUGGACUGUGGUUGUUUGAGCCCGUCCCGAUCAGUUUUCUUCGAGGCUUGGGUUUCGGCCCAGGAGGCAAGGACGAGGGAUGGUGGACGUGGUAUCAAGAGGGAUCAAGGACGGUAGGCUUGCAUCAGGGCGACCGAUGGUGGAAUUCAGGGAUUGCCAUAUAUUAGACCUGCGUAGAGUCAGAUGAACAUGGAGAUUUACAGGACCGU